AUUUCAUGUUAAGAGUAUUACUUCACUUCAUCACAAAACCAAAACUCUUGCUUUGUAAGGGAACUAUAGAGCUAACAUAAAGAGUCCUUAAACUCCUUUUUGUUUUAUCUUAUUCUCUUUCUUGUGCAGAUCUUGAAGUUGUACUUCAUUGUUAGAUUAAAUCUGCACCAAGAAAUGUUGUUAACUACCAUUGGAUCUGUUCUUUUGGUACUAUUCUCUUGCUACACAUUCACUUCAAUAGAAGCCUAUGAUCCGUUAGAUCCAACUGGCAAUAUAACACUCAAAUGGGAUAUCGUUAGUUGGACUCCCGAUGGCUAUGUUGCUGUUUUGACAAUGUACAACUUUCAAAAGUAUCGCCGCGUUCAAGAACCAGGAUGGAUAUUAGGUUGGACAUGGGCAAAAAAAGAAGUAAUUUGGAAUAUGAUGGGAAGCCAAACAACAGAACAAGGAGAUUGUUCAAAAUUCAAAGCAGGAAUUCCACAUUGUUGUAAGAAAGAUCCAACAGUAGUUGAUUUGUUGCCAGGAACACCUUAUAACCAACAGAUUGCAAACUGUUGCAAAGGUGGUGUGUUGAGUACAUGGGCUCAGGAUCCAAACAAUGCAGUGAGUUCUUUUCAGAUAAGUGUUGGUUCUUCUGGAACAACUAAUAAAACAGUUAAAUUGCCAAGAAAUUUCACAUUGAAAGCACCUGGACCUGGUUACACUUGUGGUCCUGCAAAAAAUGUUAGACCAACUCAAUUUAUUACCAAUGACAAGAGGAGAGUCAUUCAAGCUAUGAUGACCUGGAACAUUACAUGCACUUAUUCUUAAUUCCCGGCUCAAAAGACUCCGACUUACUAAUGCUUUUAUCAACAAUAUCAUAAAUGUGAAAGCAAUCAACUUGGAUGAUGAUGAAGAUGCUUAAAUGAUUGUGCUAACCUACUUUUGUUUGGGUGUUAAUUUUGUUAAAAUAGUUAUGAGUGACACUUGUAAAAAAACCUUCAAGUUAUCUUCAUAUUUUGAUAUUUGAUUGAU